AUGGCACUGUGGCGUCGAAUUUGCGCCAGGUACUCAAGUUCCAGCGAGGUACUGGAAAAGGGACGACGCGCCCUGGAGUUGCUGAAGGUCGACGCGCAGCGACUACGCAACAACCGUGACGUCGUCGUUUACACGCGCAACCGAGUCUGCCCCGACUGCAAACGCAAGGUGUGCGUAGAGGAACCGGAGUUCGCGGAAAACACCUGCCCGGCGGCCUGGCGCCACCUCCACGGCUUCUCGCAGCGGUGUCCGUGUCCGCUCAUCGGAGUUAUGCAAUUCACGAGGUUCGGCAAGCUGCGACUUGAGCUGCGUGCGCGUCUUGAGGCGAAAGCGGCAAGUGCGGAGCAAAAGCAGGAGGGAGCUGCGUCGUAG